AUGAACGGCUCUUUGGACAUGGAUUCAUUGUCCAAAAAUAACUCGAUUGUUCACCUGGAUGAACCAAUCCUUCCGGAAAACAUAACUAUCAUUCGGACAAGGAACGGGUCACUCACGGAGGGUCAGAUGUUUCUGAACACGAUGACUGCUCAGGCCCUGUCUGGCAUAUUUGUCUGGUCCGCCUUGCUCAUAACAUGCCACCAGAUCUACACACACCUUCGGUCCUAUACUGUCCCCAAUGAGCAGCGCUACAUCAUCCGCAUACUGUUCAUUGUGCCAGUUUAUGCCUUUGACUCCUGGCUCAGCCUCCUAUUCAUCAGCAACGACCAGUACUAUGUUUAUUUCGAUUCCGUUCGAGACUGUUAUGAAGCUUUUGUUAUUUACAAUUUCCUGAGCCUGUCCUUCGAGUAUCUUGGAGGAGAGAGUGCAAUCAUGUCUGAGAUUAGAGGGAAGCCUAUACAGUCAAGUUGUUUAUAUGGGACGUGUUGUCUGGUUGGAAUGAGCUACUCCAUCGGCUUCUUAAGAUUCUGCAAACAGGCGACUCUCCAGUUCUGUGCUGUCAAACCCAUCAUGGCGGUCAUCACCAUCAUCCUACAAGCCUUUGGCAAAUAUCACGACGGAGAUUUUAAUGUUAAUGGAGGCUACCUGUACAUCACAAUCAUCUACAACUUCUCUGUGAGCAUGGCCCUCUAUGCACUCUUCCUUUUCUACUUUGCCACAAGUGACCUGCUCAGACCGUAUGAACCAGUGCUCAAAUUCCUCACAAUAAAGUCUGUCAUAUUUUUAUCCUUCUGGCAAGGAAUGGUCCUUGCUAUCCUGGAGCGGUGCGGCGUCAUUCCCAACGCACUUUUUAUUGAAGGACAUGAAGUGGGUGCUGGAACCGUUGCAGCCGGCUGGCAGAACUUCAUCAUCUGCAUCGAAAUGUUCUUUGCUGCCAUUGCGCUCCGAUAUGCCUUCCCCUGCACCGUCUACCAAGAGAAGAAAAACGACGUGCCAGAGAAUCUUCCCCCAAUGCAGAGCAUCUCGAGCGGCUUAAAGGAAACCAUAAACCCAGGCGACAUGGUUCAGGACGCCAUCCACAACUUCUCGCCAGCGUAUCAGCAGUACACUCAGCAAUCCACACAGGAGGUCAGCCAGCCCAGCACUAAUGGAAAAGUGGCCACGGGCAACAAGAGCUCUCGCAAGUCCGACAAAAUCAUGCUGAUUACAUCAGAUGAUGAGUUCUAGGCAUUUUUCCAGCAAGAGACCCAGGUGUUGGUGCCCUUUCCACCUUUGCCUCUGACCCCCUGGGGAAAAAGCUGUGUUGCAUUACUCGCAGAACUGGGUUGAACACAAGCGGUUUACUUUCGCAAGUACUUAGACAGGACUACCUGCUUUUAUAAUGAUGAUUUUAAUCAGAGGAUGUGCAUGAAAUUUUAAGUUUUAAAUUUCGUCGCUGAAUGUGUCGAGAACUGAUCCGUCUCCAUCUUGCUGCGGUAAUCUAGAAAAUGACAUGUCAUCUUCACUUCAUCACACGAGUCAGGAGCCACGCGCUUCCCUUAAAUCAAGCUGCCGGAUUUUCAGCUGCGUCCCCCGAUGCCGACUCCGUCUGCGCCAUCUCGCCAUUGCAGCCUCUCUGGCUGUCUGAAGUGUGUUCCAUCUGAAUCAUGUCAGUUUCAAAGAGCAGAUGAUUAAUAUGUGACUCCAGGUGGGAGGCAGGGGAAGCCGGCAAUGACUGAGAAUGGCACUUCAUGGACCGUUACUCACAUCUGCUUGUUUGAAGUAUUUGCUGAGCAUUCCUCAGCAUGGUUUCCUGACGAAUGAAAGGCUUUUUUUUCAAUGACGUAUUAGUUUUGGAGCAGGCAAUUCGAACUGCACUUCACUAUCCUUUGUAUCCACCAUAGCAGGCACAAAUUACAUAAAUCUGUUGUCUACAAAGAGGGAAGUUGGAUCAUCUCAUUAAUUUUCUCAGCAUGCUAAAGAGUAGCCCAAAUAGAUAGCCAGAUUAAGCAUUUUUUUUUUUCUUAAGGAAUAUUCUCUAUUGUGACUAUUUUUUGUGUAGCUUUUAUGAUUUCAUUUCGAUGCUCAUGUUAUCCCAUCUUGCAAGGGUCAUGAAAUGUGUUCACAAGCUGAUUAGUGUUAAUUUUACUGCUCAGUAUGGUCUGUGUACAAAUAUGUAAUUGUAAAAAUUUUAUUCUAUUUAUUGUGAAAAGUUCAGGCCAUUUCAGUUAUUGAACAUUUAUACAUUUUACUUUUUAUUCUCAAUUUUUAUGGUUAAACCUCUAUAUGUAAGUAUAGCUUUUCAGGGACUUUUUUUGUUAAGUUAUUUUUUUAACUUGUGCCAAUGUGUAUGUGUUUUGUUUUUUUUUUCUGGGAAGUCAUUUAUUAUUAUAAAUGUACAAAGUAGUUCUAAAUUAGCUUUAAAUUUGACUUUUUUAAAACUUUAAUGCAACAAAAACUGAACAUUUUGAUGAGGAAAAUUUUAUUUCGAGGUAUAAAAGCACAACAGUACUAUUAAAAUGAAUAAUUGACCAUAUUUUCUUUUCUAUCAGGGCAGAAAAAAAUGUUUUAUUUGUACACAAGGGUAGUUCAUUGAGAAAACAUGUAAAUAAAUGCAAAAUAAAAAUAAUUUAGCUGUUCUUCUUUUAUACAAUUACACAAAUCAAUGAAAUAAAUACAAAACAUAUGAGCAGACUGACAAGUUUAAAGGGUAAGUAACUGUUAUGCUACCAUUUACUGUCCUCGUUCAAGGUUAGCAUUGAUGGCAACUAGUUGGCCUGAAAUCUUUGCUGUGAGACUACAAAAAACUCUUAUUUUUCAAUCUAAUUUGGCUAAAAAACAAACUGCAGUUACUAAAACCAUAUUUGAUUUUUGUCAUCCUUUCUGUAUUCUAGCAUAUUCUCUACAUGGCUGAAUUUAAACAGUAGCUUGUAGACUGGCAAAGCUGGUGUUAAAAGCUUAUUUAAUCAGACAUGUUAAAAAAAAAUCUAUAAAAGUUCUUACAUUUUCAUCAAAAUCCAAGUUUUAUUUAUAUUUCUAUAUAUAUGUACAAUUCAUAUAAAAGUAUUGGGCGAAGGGUAACUUCUGGAUGUUGCCAAAUAUAUUCACAAUCUGUAAGAGGAAAGAAAAAUGUCUGGACUAAGUUCAGUAAACAUCUAUGGCAGGAAGAUAGCUGUGCCUCGUCUCACAAAUAAAUCCUUCUAGAUUUUUGUCUUACAUCCGUUCAAUUUAAAUGGAAAAACUUUUUCUACUGAUUUGCAUAAAAGAAAAGACCAUCAUGUAUCUUGGCCUGGAUACAGUGAUUGUGUAUUUAAUUCACAAUCACUGUGAUUCAGAGAAAGGUUUGUCUCUUAUUUGACUAAGGCAUUUUUGAUUUUACGUGGGAAAAUAGGACACAAGACGUAUAAUACUAAGGUGUGCUCAAAAUCAAUCACCCCAGUCUCAGAUUCAGUGUUCAAGUGUGUAUAAAUAGUUUUGAAGAUUUACCACUAGAGGUCAGCAUAAUGCUUUGCAAUUUAUUUGUCAUGAAUAUGUAAAAAUUGACCUAUGCAAACAGAACAAUAUUGGUUUUGGCUUUAGGACUGAAACACACCAUCACAUUAACAGGUCUGGGUUAACAGUGCUGAAUACAUAAAGCACUAAAAGCAUUACCAUCAUGGAGUACACUUUAAAACCCAUGGGGUCUGCACCAGGUUUACACAUAAAACUUAGAAACUCUUAAGAAAUGUUAAACCUGAAAGUUUAAAGACUCUCUGACGAUGCAGUUUCAUUUUCCAAGUUUUCACAACACUUGUCUCUGGGAACGUAAAUGUGUGCUUUAAAAUUUGCACUGAAGGACUCUAAUUUGGUUUAUUGUUUGAUCACAUUCUAGUGAGGUCCAUUUCACAUCUCUCUAACAAUAGUACAUUACCAAUAGUUUUAAAUGAGCUUUUAUUUGACUUAUCUGCAAUUUCCACUGUUUGCAAGGCUGCAGAAUAUGAGCCAUCUAAAUGUAACCUUAAGCAGUUAAUUGUCGAGCAUAAAUACAUAAAAGUUUUAAGUUAUAAACACAGUUGUCUCGUAAAUGUGAGUACAAUUUGAAAACGGUCAGCAUCAAUGUCACUAACUUCAGUGAGUGUGAUUACACAGACACACCACUCCCAGUAUAGUGAAAGACAGAAAAAUAAGUAAUAUA